CGUUCCUUUCGUCGAGAGCGGCGCUUCCUCUGCGGAUGCCAGUCCAUCAGUAUCCUGCAGCGUUGCACUCCGCUUUCGAUGUACCCGCCUUGACCUCAGACCUCUCACGGCCGAAUGAUUGAAACCAUCUAUAUCGCUAGGCAUGGAUUCAGACUGAACUGGGUGACCUCUGAGUGGAAGUCUGUCACAGGGCUCCCCCGAGACCCACCACUUGCAGCAUUCGGGUUGACUCAAGCACAGGAGUUGGCAGAACACUUCUUGUCGCUUCCAGAAGAUCAGCGUCCGACUCUCAUCCUAUCCUCCCCGUAUUACCGAUGUCUGCAGACGUCGACGCCCACGUCUAAGGCCCUGCAAGUCCCGAUUUUCGUCGAGCAUGGUCUGUCGGAGUGGUAUUCGCCUGUCGUACCCGGGACUGGCCUCCACCCUCGCCCAGCCUCCGCAACCGCGCUGCAGACGUACUUCCCCGACAUAGAUGAUUCCUGGUCGUCGAUCUGGUACCCCUCACGGAAAGGCGAGGAUGUAGAGCAAUGCCACCAUCGAUGCCACAGCUUCCUGAGCGCACUCAUACCCGAGGUCGAGCGCAGGUACGGAGGCAAGCACAAACGUAUAUUGCUGGUCAGCCACGCCGCCACGAUCAUCGCUCUGGCGAGAGAAUUGCUUGGGGACAGGACGCUCCCGCUGCGAGUGGGUUGCUGUACUGUCUCAGAAAUCACUCUCAAAGCAGAUGGCAAUGCCGCUGUGGGUGCCUGGGAAGCCAGACGCCUCGCCGACGGCAGUUUCUUGAAGGAAGGUGCUCAGAGGGACUGGGGCUUCGAGGACAUCCAGAUUGCCAACGGCAAGGUUGUGGAAGAUCCUGGACAGCCCGGAACGCAGAAUGACCUGGAUGAGCCUUUCGGCCUGCAGCUACCAGGUGCCUCAUCAAGGAUGUAGAGCUGUUGUUACACUUGUAUAGACUAUAUGGUACAGGAUCAAACCGUCUUACAAUGUCCCAGUACUACACAUACUUCCGUCCAAGUCAGACCGUAAUGUACCCACUCGCAUAGCUCACACUGGAAUCUCGCAGAGACUUACACUGGCUACUCUGCUCGUACCGCACCCACUCC